AUGAUCCGAGCAAUGGCUGUCAUGGGAAUGGUACAAGCGACAAUGGCAGGCGUUAAGUACUCGUAUUGUGGUCAAAUGAAGAAAUUGGCAUAUCUACUAGAGCAAAGGCAAGAUGAGGCUCGUGACGCGGGAACUCGUGCUUUUAAGCCCAUCUGCAUAACGUGUAAAAAAAGUGUUUCGACGUCUAAAUUGGUCACGUGCAAGCUUUGUUUUGGUGCAGUCUGCAGCUCGUGUAGAAUGUCAAAAAAGCUGAGCUUUAUCGCUCCUGAUCUGACCCUCUUAAGGCGCAAAGUUCCUUUCUGCGUUAAGUGCUUGGUGGAGGCAACUCAAAUGGAUACGCAAGAAGUAGCUCGAGAGCAAUUGGAAAAGAGGGAUGUUUCACUUGCACUGUAUGUUCGAAAUAUAUCAGGCUCGAUACUGGUCAUCCACGAGAUCAAACCUGUUUUAUACAAGACGUCAGAGUUUUUUGGAUACGAUGUCAUACCAUAG